AUUGUAAUCUUUGAUUUGUCAUUCCAAAAAAACCAAGGCAAGGCGUUUGUUUGAUUUUCUUUGUUUUUUGUGUUAAUGUUUUAAAUUGUAUAAUCAACAUUAUUUUACCGAGAUGAUGUCGCGCGGACGUCACUCCCAGUCCCAGGGCUGGGACUCCAUGAGAGAGGACAAUGACACUACUUACGAUGCUCAGUACCCUGAUGAUGAAGUCAAAAGUGGUGGUGUGCAACUCGACCACUGCAAGCUAUACAUCACAAACGUCAACCAGGCGUUGAACGAGGAGGGUCUCCGCGCUGCCUUCAUGCCCUACGGGACCAUAGCCAAGGUCUACCUGAGCAAUGACCCCAGCAAGAAGUACGCGCUCGUCACUUAUGAGACGCCCGGUGAAGCUAAGAUGGCGAUGAUGAAGCUAAAUAGAACUGAGCCGCUAAAAUUAAACAUACACUUCGCACAUAAGUCAAAGGCGAGGGAGAGAAGAUACAACAACAACAGGCAAGAGUCAGGCAGUUACCGGAAUGACAACAGGCAAGAGUCAGGCAGUUACCGGAAUGACAUCAGUAGGCAAGAGUCAGACAAUUACCGAAGUGACAACAUCAGUCUUAGUAGCCACGGGCGACUCAGUAUUAAUCAAGAUGACUACACCAAUGGUGGCUUCAAUGAUAUGGGUAUUGAUGAGGAUGAUGAAGAUAUGGACUUUGACCCAGAGCUGGAUCUGGAACGGAAGAAGAUGAUAGAACAACUGGAGCUGGACCGCUUGAAGCUGUGCGAGGAGCAGGUCAAGUGCCAGCAGCGGAUGAUAUAUCUAGAAAAAAAAGCUGGCAAGAAACCGACGGUACAGAAUCCCAUAAAGAAUGCACCGGCUGUUCCAAAUCCCAUCAAACGGUGCAUUCUCCCAGAUGGCAGGGUUGUUAUUCGCAAUGACAGUAACAGCUUUAUGGGGACACAUUAUAAUAGGAAUGCCGAUCAUCAACCAGACAAUGCCUUCAAUUCAGCGGCUGGAGAUUCGAGGGCGUUAAAUACCUGUUCCUGCUACCACAGAACAUGGAACGAACCGGAAACAUCGGGAAGUUCCACUCCCUCCACAUGCGUAUACUGUUCCGAAGACAGGAGCGUUGCGUCUAAAGAUAAGUCACCGCCAACAUAUGACAAAUCGCCCGUCAAUCACGUAAAAUCCACUAACAGUACAGUAACAGAGUCUGUAGAUUUUAGUAAAACUGACAAAGAGUAUUCGAAAUACAGUAAAACGGCGAUCACUAGAUCCAUUGUAAGUAAUACAGAUAGUAAAUUGAGCGAAACAGUAACAAAACCAUCAGAUGUAACUAGAAAAAGGACUAAGUCAGUUGGAAAGAGCGACGUAACUUGCAAUUUAAAGGGUAGCGACUUAUAUAGUGAGAGCGAUGACGAAUCAGAUGAAACGUAUAGACUUAUAUUAUUGAGGAAUGCAGAUUAUAUGGAUAUAGUUGGAGAGAAUUUGAAAGUUGUUGUAGCAUUAUCAGGAUACCCCAAAUUGAAGAUGCGGUUAAAACAAAUGGAACAGUUCCAACGUUCCAUUAAUAGUGUAAUUGAUAUGCAACUAAAAGCCGGUAUGAUGAAGCAGACUCCACAAUUUUUGGACUAUUAUCUAAAUAGAGGUGCGAUUGUGUGUAUUUGCAAAGACAUCGUCACUAGAGAUUGGAUGGUCAGGAUCACGCCAGGCUUGCAGGAACGCAUGUUCGAUAGUUUAAUUUUGCUUAAAGCGAAAGUUAAAAGAUUGUGUUUGGCUGUAAUUAAGAUCCCUAAAUCCUGUUGGCCAGCGUCAGCUCAUGAUGCGUUCAAACUCUUGCAGUACUUUAAUCCGACUUUAAAAACCCAUCUCUGGAAGAUUUACGCUCAAAAAAUGGUUGAUAAUGUUGAAGUUACGUCUUUCCUUGUGGAUAGAGUUUCUGGCGAAAUCAUUCGUGGGCCUAACUUUAAGAAUGUCAUUGAUUACAACCAAAUGGAGUUUGAAUUGACAGGCUAUACAGAAAUUUAUUAUGAAAGCUUCCUUUCGGAUAUGGAUGAAGAUUUGUCUAGUGUCGCCUCCAGAAUUAGACUACUCGAAGAAUUGCGAUCCGAAGAAGUGACUCCCAGAAAUCAAAGUGAAAUUAUUAUUGAAAGUAAAAAUGAAACAGCUCUAAAGAGCACAGUGAAUGUUAAAGAUCAUUGCGAAGACGUUAAAACUGCGAGCAUCGUAACAGUUAAGGAUGAAGAUGUCAUAGAGCAUUUGGUAUCUACCGAUGCUGACAAUGCGGACGAUUUAAAAUCGAAUUCGACAGAAGUAACUUAUAAACAAGUUCAAAACGAGGAUUGCGUGGAAACGGAAGAUCACAGAGCUCUUGUCAAUGAGCCUGAAAUUGAAUAUAAUGACACCAAUACUUCUGUAGCAGCUAUUUCAGAUGCAACUGAAUCUAUUAUAGAAAGUAAUGAUAAUUUAGUUAUUGGUAGAAAUUGCAACUUAAACAUUGAUAGUAGUAGAGGUAUAGCUUAUUAUAGACGUACAAAUUACUUGCACAUAGAAAACGAACUAAAAAUGGCGAUAGUUUUAGAAGGAUAUCCUCAGAAUAAAUUAGAAGGGACCCACAUAAGAAGACUUAAGCAUUUAUUCAAAGAAUACUUGCACAAGGACAUGAAAAUGCAACGUUUUGCCAAUCUGAUUAUACCAAAAUUCCAAGACAUAUACUUGUCGAAUGGGGCUGUGAUAUAUAUUUGUGAUAGUUUAGAAACUAAAGAUUACUUAACAGAAGUUUUGCCUAAAUUUGUCACUUCCACUAGUUUAAAACUAACCUUUAGAGAUAUUAGAAAUUUAGUUAGGUAUACAAGAAUAGUAAUGACAUUGCCCAAAGAACUCGCACACGUAGGAUCUCUUGAUAUAUUGCACAAACUUCAAGAAAAAUAUCCAAAAUUGAAACUGGAUUGCUGGAAGUAUUAUUCGGAUGUGGCUGGGAAACAAAAACGCCAAUUCGGUGUUGAUCCCGAAUCAUUAGAUGUAAUAAAAAAUGUAGAUUUUGAUCCUAUAUAUGAAAACGAAAAAAUUAGUUUUAGAAUUAUUGACAGACAAAAACCAGAAAUUAACUAUGAGGAAUCCAACGUUACCGAAGACAAUUUAGAAACCGAAUCUGAAGAGGCGAAGAAAUUGAGAGAAAGAAUUUUGAAAACUAUGUAUUGUGUUAUAGAACCUGAAAUAAUUAACGCUACAUUAACUAAAAUGAGAGCGAACCACUAUUCCGAUGUCAUUGCAGACGAUUUCAAACUUUACGUUGGACCGACAAACUAUCCAGAGACUCGCAUAGAUGAAGCAAUGCGUUUGUCUAUUAAGAAAACUAUAGAAAACAUUGUUUUUGAAGCUAUUUACAAUGAUAAUGACAAUUUUAUUCCUAGGGUUCAUGAUUUUUAUUUGUUCGACGGCGUCAUAUUUAUUAUUUGCCAAGAUAUGACUUCGCGACUGUGGAUUGAACAGAACAUUGCAACAAUGAAUGCCAAAUUGAAAAUCAAUUUAAAAGCAACAGAAUUCCGCGGAACAGUAGGCAUCAUAAGCAUGACUGUGAAAACUAGUAGGGAUUACGAUGACGUUGUGAGUAUUUUGCAAUCACAAAACCCAAGACUACGAACGAAAUACUGGAGAAAGAUAAGCACAGUUAAAAAUAGAGUUAAAUUAGAUGUAGUUCUACAAAUAGACAAACUUUCCGCUCAAGUUAUUUGUGAUUCAAAGUUUUACAGCACAAUAGACGAUAGCAACGUAGAAUUUAAACUUGGCCAGUUGAAAACAUUCUUCAAUAGAAAGAGUUUAGAUGAAUUAAGCAAAGUAAAAGAAGCCAAAAAAUAUAAUGAUGAUAAUACAGUUACAGUUAUAGAAACAAAAAAAGAAAGACAAGUUUCAAUUUCAGAAGAAGUAAGUGAUAAUUCACAGAAUGAUAAUUCUAAUGUUAGGAAAACACAAACUGAAGAUAAAUUUAAAAAUAACAAUGAGCCUACAAAAAUGGACUUAAGUGGAAGCACAGUUUUCAUAAACAGCUAUGCAGAGCUAAAAUCGGAUAGGGAUUCCAUACAAACGUUCAACUACUUUGAAGAAAACGAACAGGGCUUCACAAAAAUGAUUUUAAAAGUACCUACAAAUAUCCUACCGGAUUGGAACGACGGAUUGGAUAUCAUUUUAGAUAUGUUGGAAGAUAAGAAUCCUGGUUUAAACACUGAAUUGUGGAAAGUUGAGAAAUAUCAAUACAAUAAGGGGAGGUUUAUUUUUUUGAUCGAUAAACAGUCUGCUGGCGUUAUCAAAGGUAAGCAUUUUGAUCCGACUUUGGGUGGAGAAAAGCUGAAAUUUCUAUUCUGAAUCGUGCUGCUAUGUCUGAAGCCUAGCUUUUCCUUAUACUUGUAUGGUCUUUCUACUUUCGGAAAAUGGUUUAGAUUUGGAUGUAUUAGUAAAGUUUUCAGUAAAGCGUUUGACAGGGUUAGGAGCGUUGGCUAAACAGAAACGUGCUUAUAAGUUUGCAUUUGACUGUUAGAUUGUCUAUUGGUAAACUAGUUUAUAUGCCACUUCUCAUAUAUUUAUCUUAACGGAUUGCUGCUGUGUCGAAUUUUCUUUAGUUCACACAAAUAAAGGUGUAUGUGAUGUUAACUUACUACUCGAUAGUUGAUCCAAAACCAAACCAUCUUCCUGAGGUACAUUAACUAUAAUUAUUUUUAGACUUUAUUUUAACGCUUACAAAGUCAAUAAUUAGUUUGACAAAUACAAACACGUGUCUGUCUUACCAAUAAUAAUUGCAUUAGUUUUUAGUACCAUAAAUUUUUUGUUGUGUUUUUUUUUUCAUUUCCUGGAUUAAUUAUUUUGAUGAAAUUUGUUUUAAUUGUAUUGUAAUAUUUAAUUAUUAAUACAAGUUUAUAAUCUUUGUUCACCUUGCUUUUGAAUUAACGUAUUUGUGAUUUUCGUUUAAUUUUAUGUCAUGACUGGCUUAUACAACUGACCAAAAACAUUGUGAAUUCGAUAACUCUCAGUCCAUAGAAACCAUAGUGCUAAUGAGCCAGUCAUGCCCAGACCUUCGUCAUUUGAGAAAAGUUGCAAGUUAACUCAGACUACUAUCAUAAGUACUAGUAUUUUUUCGUGGUAGCCAACUGUGUAGUUUAGACUGUGACUUUAAGAUAUAGCAGGUUUUAAGAGUUCAAGAUUCAAGGUUCAAGAUUUUUAAUUGUCCAUGUACAAAACUUUUUUUUUAAAUAUUUUCUACAUAAUUUAAUGAGAAAUCAUGCCUCCAGCAGUUGCCUACCACACUUACCUGAGUUAGGAAAAUGAGCUGAGCUUAAGCUUUUAAAAAAUGACGCAGGUCUGGCUAAUACGUACCAUACCAUUUCAUUAUUUUGUAGGUAAGUUUUUUAUGAGAAACUCUGUUAUUUUAAUUAUUGUUGAUUUAGUCUUUACUAUGUUUUUGUCAUUACUUACUUUAAUUAUUAUGAUUAUUAUUAUUUUUUGUCACUCGUUUGCAUGUUAGUGUUAACUUAUUAAUAAAGCAUGUUUGUCCAUUUA